AUGGCUUUGAGAAACGUGCUCCUGGCCUUCACAUUCAUCGCCACCGGCGGGUUGCUGUUUGGCUACAUCAUUGGCAUCAACGGGAACGUGGUGACCAAGGGCCAGUUGAUUUGCCCCGACGGCUGGGACGGUCCGGUGGGCACGUGGCGAAGCACCGGCUUUCAGCAGUGUUGGCACUUCAGCGACUGGGAUCAAGGCAUCUUGAGCUCUCUGAACCUCAUCGGCGCAGUGGUCUCCUCUGCGAUCUGUUUCAAGUGGGCAGAUGUCUUAGGGCGAAAGAAGGAGGUCCAGAUCGGAGCGUUGCUCUACUUCUUGGGUUCGGCGAUCGCGGCUGGCGCGCCCAUGCUUUGGGGCAUCUAUGUGGGCUUCCUUGUGUAUGGCCUCGGCAUAGGCUUCUGCAUGCACGCAGCGCCGGUCUACAUCGCAGAGAUCGCCCCCGCUGAAAUGCGUGGAACCUUGGUGUCCGCCAAGGAGAUGGUCAUCGUGCUGGGUAUGUUCUUAGGCUUUGCGGCUGGAGCCAUCUUCGCCGGCUGGCACCAGGCCGGCUGGCGAUUGAUGGUGGUGAUUGCUGCUAUUUUUGCCUGUAUCGUGGAGGUGGGAAUCAUUUUCAUCCCCAACUCCCCACGGUGGUUGGUGCUGCGAUCUCUCCGCAGCAACUCCCUCUCGGAGGUGGACGAGGAGUACGCCGCCGAGGCCAAGGAAGCUUUAGCCUUCUUCCGAGCCACCACCCAGCAGGAGAUCGAAGAGGAGUUCAUGACCAUGCUCAACGAUGCUCGGGAUGCCUCUGCGGGAAGCAGCCACAGCGCCAGCUGCAGUGAGACCUUGCGAUAUCCGAAGCCCUUGGUCAUCGGCUGUGGGUUGGUCUUCUUCCAGCAGGUGACCGGACAGCCAUCGGUCCUGUACUUUGCCACCAACAUCUUCAAGAGCGCUGGCUUCGCGGGCGCAGCGGCCUUGAGCUCGGUCGGCGUGGGCCUCGUGAAGCUGUUAGCCACGCUCUUCACCGUGUGGCGCGUCGACCUGUACGGACGACGUCAGCUGCUGCUGUGGGGAAUCUUCGGCAUGAUCAUCGCUUUGACGAUGCUGGGUGUUGCCUUCACCUUCCGCCACGUGGACGGCGACACGGUCACUAUUCCUAGAGGCGCGGCCAUCGUCACCGUCUUGGCACUCAUGGUCUACGUCAGCGCAUACCAGGUGGGAUUUGGGCCCAUCUCCUGGCUGAUGAUCUCCGAGAUCUUCCCCUUGGGCGUGCGCGGCUCCGCCCUCUCCACUGCCGCCAUGGUGAACUUUGGCUCCAACAUUCUGAUGACCUUGUGCCAAACAGCUCUGAUGAAUGCCCUGACUCCUGCGGGCGCGUUUUUCUUGUACCUGGCCCUGGCACUGGUCUCCAAAGUUUUCGUGGCCUACAUGGUGGGAAGCGAUGCGUCACGAGAGUUUCCAGGGGCGCGCGAGAGCUACAACGGGCAAGAGUCAAGAUGGACCGUUGCAGCUCCUGCCUCAGCUUCGGAGCCGGUGCUGGAGGCACCGCCAGGUAACUUCACGAAGGAAGAGCACACCGAGGAGAAGGAGCCGGUUGAGACAGUGCAGGCCAUCCCCUUGUCAGAGAAGGAAGCUCGAGGAGAGGAGACAGAGACCAAGAAGAAGAAAAGGAAGAGGAAGCACAGGAGUGGCCCUUCCACCAAGAAGGAAAAGCGCAAGAAGAAGAAAGUUCAGGCCGAGGAAGAGGAGCAAGCCGGUGCUAGGAGCACUGCAGCACCAGUUGAAGACCUGACAACAACACAGGAGGAGAAGGACUUGCAGGUGCACGAGAACCCCAAGAAGUUCGAGUUGAAGCCGGCCCCAAAGGGGCGUGCCAGGCGCUUGGUGCGGCGAAAGAAGCAGGACAGGCGGGAAAGCAGCAGCCGGAGCUCCACAUCCGACCACGACCAGGAGAUCGACUUCGCUCAGGAGGAGGGCUUCUUCGAAGGGGCCACAAAGAUCCAGAGGGUGGCGGACAGCUGCCCUGGAGCUCUCGGGGCGAGAUCCCUGGCCGACAUGCGAAGGGUCCUGCUUCAGACGGCAGGGUUCGAGGAGCAUUCACAGCUUGUGACCCCGACGGCGGUGCAAUACUUUCGUCAGGAGCUGCAGAGGAAGUCGACGGGCCCGGUUGCCCGGGAACUACUGACACUUUGCAGCUCAGUGGACUAUCUUCUUCGUGGAAGAGCGGCUCAGGCAGUGGACUGCCUUCUUCAGAGGGUGAAGUCCAUAGAGUCGACGAUGGCUGGAAGCCAUUGGAGUGUUUCGCAAAGAUUGGAACUGCCGCCUUUGGAUCUACAGACCCUGGCACCACGAGAGGAGCUGAUGAGUGCACAAAGAGCGGCGGCGGAAGACGCCAAGACGAGGCAUUUGGCUUCGCUGCCCGAUGGGCGGAGUCGGAGCAAGGGCAUGGCAAAGGGCAAAGAUGCGCCCAGCCAGGAGUUCACCAGGCGCGAUCGAGAUCGAGGCAAAGGCAAAGGUUCGGGCAAGUUCGACAAGGGAAAGAAGAAGGAGGACGACAGCAAGCAGGGGUGA